AUGCAGGGUAUUUCUCGGGUAGUACCUCUUCCCUCGAAUGGUUUUCUAUUGGCCGGGUUCAAUAAAGGAACAAUAGCAAGCGGUUCACCUUUUUUAAAGACAAAGUUAGGUUCCACGAAUUUUCACAAGUCAAUCACGACAACCUUCAGUCGUGUCUAUCCACAUAAAGUGUUAUCACGUAAGCCUUCUACAGCGAUCAAGAAAAUUGGGAGAGCAAUACGGAAUGUCACACUGGGAAUAUUGAGUAUUGCAACUGGCACAGCAAUUAUCUUGGCUACUUGGAAGGAAGAUUAUAGAGAAAAAUUUACACUUUGGUGUGCCGGAGCUUUUCGAUCUGCUGUAACGAUUGUUUCUUGUUGUCUUUGUAUGCUAGAGUAUAAAGUACUGCAUUUGCGAUAUGCUAGUACUGGAUACGAUUCUGAUGAAUAUAAAGCGGCUAGAAACCUUGUGCACCUUCGAUGUGCAUAUCGCCUUUUACGACUAUGCAAAUUGAACACUGGUGUCUAUAUAAAAGGUGUAGAUUUGACUGUUGCGGGACAGCAUCUUGCUUCUUUGACUUAUGUAGUACCAAAACAAUAUACAGAUGUACUCUCUGUGCUCCAAGAUCGAGCUCCUUACAGAGCAAUGUCCGAAAUCGAAAAAAUAAUUAAGGAAGAAUUUGAUGGCCAAGGAUCCAAAGAUCUGUUCUCUGAAUUUGAUGAGACGCCGCUUGCAGCCGCAUCUUUGGCUCAGGUGCAUAGAGCAAUAACUAAAGAUGGACGCGAAGCAGCUGUCAAGGUUCAAUAUCCGGAUGUUUCACGUCUAUUCAAUGUUGACGUCUGGACUAUGCAGACCAUGUCCGAUCUGAUUUCUUACUUCUUUCCGGAAUUUGAACUGGGUUGGAUUGUGACAGAGUUCAAACAAAACUUGAUAGCAGAAUUCGAUUUCAAAGCGGAAGGAAGAAAUGGUGAAUUAACAAAGCAGCGAUUUGCACAUCGCGGCGAAUCUUUUGCUGUUCCCGAAAUUUAUCAUGAGCUUUCCACAAAACGAGUCCUUACCAUGCAAUUUAUUCGUGGUGUGAAAAUUAACGAUCUCAAUGGAUUGAAAAAACUUGGGGCUGAUCCAGCUUGGGUCAGAAAUCAAUUGCUGGAAAUAUUUGCUGAAAUGAUUUUUUGUCAUGGAAUUGUACAUUGUGAUCCGCAUCCAGGUAAUGCACUAGUCGCUAUCUCGCCUGUCACAAAAAAGCCACAAUUAAUUCUCUUGGAUCACGGCUUAUAUCGUGAACUUUCUGAUGAUUUUCGAAAGACAUAUUGUGCUCUUUGGAAAGCAUUAAUCUUAAAUGAUGCCAAAGCUCUCAAAGAAUCUGCAGAAUCACUCGGAGUUGGCGAAUACACUAAUUUUCUCCCAUUAAUUUUCACUCAACGUAUUCCCGAUUCAACCUCAUUACUGGGUGAAGACCUUUCACCCGAAGAUCGUGCCAUUCUUCAUGACCAACUAAAAAACGUGACGCUCAAUGAUCUAUUGGUUUUUUUGGAACGUUUGCCACGUGAUAUGUUAUUAGUAUUUCGAACGAUCAAUUUACUACGCGGGAUUCACAGGCAAUUAGGCGGGACUCCGAUGGAAGUGUAUAGUUUAAAUGCGGAGUAUGCAACACGUGGAUUUUGGUGUGAAACAAGAGAGGAGAAACAAAUUCGUAUACAAAGAGAAAAAGAGAAACGACAAAAGGAGCGUAGAAAGGCUGCUGGGCAACCUGAAAAUGGCAAUUACGAAGUUGGACCAAUAAGGCGGUGGUAUUUGUUUGGCGGAGCACCAACAUUAAGACGAAGCUUGGGUUAUCUGCAUGACGAAAUCUGGUUAAAAAUUAGAUUCUAUAUGACUGAACUAUUUAUAAAGGUAUGGCGAUGGUGGUAUCGAAUUACAAUCACAAGUGGUGACCAUUCUCAAAAUGCGCCAGCAUUUCAAUAA